AUGGCUGACCAGGAGCAGGAGCAUGAUUUUGAUGAAUUUGCUGGGGAGAAGCAGCACCACUUCGGAAAGCUGGUUGUGCGAACCUACGAGGAUUUCAUGGAGAAUGCCAUUGGUGGGGUGGUGACUCGUGCCUCCAAGGACUUGGCUAGGUGGGCGGCGGAGGUGCCUCAAAAUUGGCAUGGCUGUCAAGUGUUGGAAUUGGGUUCUGGCUGUGGCUUGGUCAGCAGUGCCCUGCUUCAAAUGGGAGCCAGCGUGAUUGCAACAGACUUGGCAGAGAUCCUGCCACAUUUGCGAUACAACCUCUCACUGAACGACUGCGAAGGCUGUGCUGACUGGCAUGUUCAAGCGCUGAAUUGGGGCAGCUUGAGCGACCGAUCUGCCCUGAGAGCAAAGAUGAGACAUGAUGGAGCCGAUGCUAUCUUUGCUGCAAACUGUGUCUAUAGCCGCGACACUGUAGAGAUGUUCUUAUCAACUCUUCAGGGGCUCUCUGGUCCUCAAACCUUGGCUCUGAUGUGUGGAGUGCCCGUGCCACCUGCUAUUCAUGGCGAUGUGAGCAUCAUUGAUGAGCUCUUGGGCGCUCUUCCUUGCUUCUUCGACAGCUAUUUGUUGGAGGUCCCCGGCGAAGCUGAUGGUGUUCUGGGGGAGCUUCGCUCCGCUUCGGACUCCAAAGACUCCAACGACCAAAACUUCUCGCCCUUGGCGACUGAACUUGGAGGAGCUCGUGGCCUCACAGCUGCGGCGCUAGCAGAUGGGAUUUGGCUCUUCAAGCUGCCAGGAUCUCCUUGCCCCAGCUGGGCAAGGCCACUUCUGGUGCUCCCAAGCAUUUCUGGCUAG